AAAGAGUCUAAGUAAUAAAGAAACCGCGUUUUCUUAGAAUUUUGCAGUUCUGUUGUCAUUGUUUCUAGUUCUUUUUCUAACAGACAGAAACGAUCAAAGACAUAGAUCAUAAUGUCUACAGAGAUAAUGUGCACUCGGAAUGCCAGUCAACGUCAGGCCGAGAAACAGAAACAGACGACACCCAUUAAAACUCUAGAGGACGACCGCACAAGUACGAGCACCGCCUGUAGCGACCAGCACAUUGAGAUCGACUGGAAGAAACGCGUCAAGCUGGAAUACGUCAAACUGUGUCAGUUGAGACGACUCAAGAGAGCCGGCGAGGUCACUGCUGCGUUUAUGGUGAACCGUAAAGAGAUAGACGAGAAGAUUGAUGGACAGAGCGAGUGGUUGAAGGAACAGACCGUCCAGUCUCUACUCACACCCGAGACUUUCAGUGACAUCCCCAUUACAAAGAAAUGUGAAGUUGUCAGUGGUUUUAAUUUUCCCAGCCAGACGACACCACUGCGAGUUAUGAAGGACCUGCGAUCGAUACCAUGCAUGUACAGCUGGGCCCCACUCAAACAGAACUUCAUGGUUGAGGAUGAGACAAUUCUACACAACAUUCCAUACAUGGGCGAUGAUAUCCUCGACAAGGACGGAUCUUUCAUCGAGGAACUGCUCAAGAAUUAUGACGGAAAGGUGCAUGGCCAGAAGGAUGCCAGUCUGAUGACAGACAACAUGUUCAUAGAGCUGGUCCGGGCGUUAGAACUUUUGUACCCUGACGCUGAGACGGAAUCACGUAAAGAUGCAUGCGAGAUUAAACAAGAGAAGGAAGACUCAAACAUUCCGCCCAGAAUCAUCUUCGAGGCCAUUUCCAUGACUUUUCCUGAUAAAGGCUCGUCAGAAAAUCUCCGAAAGAAGUUUAAAGAAUUGAUGGAAGCUCAAGACCCGAACACGUUACCUCCUGAAUGUACUCCCAAUCUUGACGGACCGAACGCCAAGUCCGUCCCUCGAGAGCAGACAAUGCAUUCCUUCCAUACCCUGUUUUGUCGCAGAUGUUUCAAAUACGACUGUUUUCUUCAUCCCUAUCAUCCUACACCUAGUAUGCUGACGAGGAAAAUUGCUGACAGAAAGUUAAACUCGGAGCCCUGUGGUGUGGAAUGUUUUAUGCAUUUGGUCGGUACAAAGGAAGCACACAAUUCAGAUUCGGAGAAGUCUGAAGUUUCAGAGAAGUCUGACAAGAGCGAAGUUUCCGAUCGCAGAAAAAUAUUGACUCCAUUGAUGGUCGGACGUAAGCGUAAACAGAACGGCGAGACCAGCAGUGAAACUGAAAGUGAAAGGAGCAACGACGCGACAGAUGUGGAAAUCAAGUUUCCGGACAGAAAACGACAGACAACGCCCGUCUGGUCCGGUGCAGAUGAAUCUCUGUUUCGUGUGCUAAACGACAUGUACCGCAACAACUACUGUGCAAUAGCCGAGCUGAUUGGAACCAAGGACUGUAGACAGGUUUAUGAGUUUGCUAUAAAAGAAGAAGCACACAUUCCUGAUCUGAAAGAAGAAAGAAUACAGACUCCACCACGAAAGAAGAAGAAGAAACAAAGACUCUGGUCGAUGCACUGUCGUAAGAUCCAGCUGAAGAAGGACGGCUCACCUAACCCUGUAUACAACUACCAGCCGUGUGACCACCCCGGCCACCGCUGCGAUGAGACCUGCCCCUGCGUCAUGGCGCAGAACUUCUGCGAAAAGUUCUGCCAGUGUAGCAGUGACUGUGAAAACCGGUUUCCAGGAUGUCGGUGUAAGGCUCAGUGUAAUACGAAACAGUGUCCGUGUUUUCUCGCCGUCCGGGAGUGUGACCCUGACCUUUGUCAGAUGUGUGGAGCAGAUUCGUUUGAAACAAAUCAGAUAUCCUGUAAGAAUGUGAGUGUGCAGCGAGGUCUUGGCAAGCAUUUACUGUUAGCACCGUCCGAUGUUGCUGGAUGGGGGAUAUUCUUAAAGACUCCCGCUGAGAAAAAUGAAUUUAUAUCCGAGUACUGUGGCGAGAUCAUAUCCCAAGAUGAGGCUGACCGUAGAGGCAAGGUUUACGACAAAUACAUGUGUAGUUUUCUCUUCAAUCUCAACAAUGAUUUCGUUGUUGAUGCCACACGGAAAGGCAACAAGAUUCGUUUUGCGAACCACUCAAUCAACCCGAACUGCUACGCCAAGGUGAUGAUGGUGAAUGGAGAUCACCGGAUCGGAAUAUUCGCCAAGCGACCCAUUCAGGCAGGAGAAGAACUAUUCUUUGAUUACAGAUAUGGACCAACAGAGCAAUUGAGAUUUGUUGGCAUAGAGAGAGAUGCGGAAGUUGUGUGAACAAUGAAAAUGUGUUUGAAUUUAGUGUUUGUUACAAUCACUCAAUCACUGAAUUUUAAAUGUGAACAUGCAGAAUUAAUCAAGACUGUAGGCCCAAGCUGACGUGAAUGAAGAUUUGUACUCGUGAAAAAUCAAGGGGAAAAAAAAGAAGGAAUUUGUGUUUAAGCUCAGGGUUCAAGUCAAGAUGCAUGAACAUUUGUACUGAUCAAAACUCAUGAAAAAGAGACUUGUUUUAAUGAUACUAACUGACUAUCAGAUAUCCUGUGAUGGGAUUGGUCAACAGGCAAAAGCCUGUAUUAAGCCUUUUCCUCUACAUUUUACAAAUACAAAUGUUUUGUAAGCCAAGAUGAGUUAAGUAGUUAAAUAAACUCUUUAUCAGUG